AUUAACUUUAAAAUACCAAACUAUAACAAAAUUCAACGGUUUGAUAAACCGCCCAUGCCAUCAGGCGUCAUUUGUUUGUAGAUGAUCUAAGAUGUGAUGGAUUACUUAUGGCGCCUUACUUGGAAACCACCCAGCUCUUUUCAACGUGGUGCCUUACUUGUAAACCACCAUUUCUUGCGUUCAUCGUCAUCGUCUUGUAGCAACCUGUGUCGUAUCUGAACGCUCUCAAGCGCUGGAUUACUUUUAAGGGCGUUGUGCGUUUGGGGUAAUUCGUACCGCUUCGUGAUAUAUUUAAUCCAACAAAAGUCCACGCCGGGGCACCGUCGGAAAUGGACGGACAGCACGACGACCACCGCGUCGACGCCAACGGCCGCAGCCAGGAAGAGAGAGAGGGUCCUCUUCCGAAGCGGCCGAGGCCUCUCCUUGCGUCCCUUUCUGCUGCCGAGAUCGCGGAGGAGUUCUCCCACCACGACCCCCAAGUGGCUCGCGUCAACAACGGCAGCUUCGGCUGCUGCCCUGCCUCCGUCGUCUCCGCCCAGAUCCGGUGGCAGCGGCUCUUCCUGCGUCAGCCCGACGAGUUCUACUUCCGCCACCUUCAUCCCUCCAUCGACCGGUCCCGCGCUCUCGUCCGACAGCUCAUCAACGCGCCCCACCUCGAUGAUGUUUCCCUCGUCGACAACGCCACCACUGCUGCCGCCAUCGUCUUCCAGAACGUGGCUUGGUCCUUCAUGGAGGGCGUCUUCGACCGCGGGGACGCCGUCGUCAUGCUCCACUACGCCUACGGCGCCGUCAAGCGGUCCAUCAAAGCGUACGUGGGCCGCGCCGGCGGCCACGUGGUGGAGGUCGCCCUCCCCUUCCCGCUCUCCUCUCCGGACGAGGUCGUUGCCGAAUUCCGCCGCGCCCUCGAACUCUGCCGAGCCGACGGACGGAGGGUUCGGCUGGCAGUGAUCGAUCACGUGACCUCCAUGCCGAGCGUGGUGAUCCCGGUGAAGGAGCUGACGCGGAUCUGCCGCGAGGAGGGCGUUGACCAGGUGUUCGUCGACGGGGCGCACUCGAUCGGGAACGUGGAGGUCGACAUGCAGGACAUCGGGGCCGAUUUCUACGCCAGCAACCUCCACAAGUGGCUCUUCUGCCCGCCCUCAGUGGCCUUCCUCCACACGCGGCAUUCGUCGGCGGCCGGGCGGCGGCUCCACCACCCCGUGGUCUCGCACGAGUACGGCAACGGGCUCCCACUCGAGAGUGGGUGGAUCGGGAACAGGGACUACACGCCGCAGUUGGUGGUGCCGACCGCGCUGGAGUUCGCAGAGCGGUUCGAAGGCGGCUUGGAGGGGAUCCGGCGGAGGAACCACGAGAGGGUGGUGGAGAUGGGGAGGAUGCUGGCGGCGGCGUGGGGGACACAACUGGGGUGCCCGCCGGAGAUGAGCUGUAGCAUGAUUAUGGUGGGGUUGCCAUCCGGGUUAGGGAUCGCGAGCGAGAAGGACGCCAUGGGGCUGAGGGCACUGCUGAGGGAGGAGUUCAAGGUCGAGGUGCCCAUUUACUACAACAAGCAGUCGCCGGACGAAGACGGCGAGGACAAGAUCGGCGCCGCAGCCGUCACCGGCUACGCCAGGAUCUCACAUCAGGUGUACAACGUGGCGGAGGAUUACUAUAGGCUCCGAGACGCCAUUAACAAGCUCGUGCGCGAUGGAUUCAACUGCACCUUGCUUCCAUCCAAAGAACAGAGGGAAAAUUGAAGUCGGUUUAGGGAGUUGAGGCUGUCUGCUUCAUUCCAAUGGCUGUUGACGCAAGAGUUUGUUUGGUUUAAGUGCGCAUUAAUUCAAUGGAAAUAGCGAAUUGUAUCAGAAUGUCAGAUACAGAAUAAAAUUUUUAAUAUGGAUAUAAAGUAAAA